AUGUAGAGCAUUAUAUUAAGAAAAAGAUACUUUAAUAAAUUAUAUGAUAUUUUUAGUAGUUUAGAUAUACAUGUAAGUGAAUAAGUAUAUUAAAAUGCUAUUUUAAAAUUUCUUUUAUAGACAUUAAAGAAAACAGUUAUUAUUGUAUUUUCUAGUCAAUACAGUUUAUUUUAAUAAUGUGAAAAAAGUUUAAUUGAUUAGAUUUUUUAUAUUUAAAAUGGAUUUGUUUCUAAAAAUAUAAACUAAAUGGAUAUUUUUAUUGAAUAAUAAUAGAAUAUAGUUAAAGAAGAAAAAAAAAUAUGUUUUUUUGAUGAAAAAAAAUCUGAAUAAAAUUCCUAAAGUGCCAUUUAAUAAUUAUAUUCUAACUCUUCAUCCUAUAAUAGAGCUUUUUCUUCACUUAAAGAAAUUAAAGAAUAGGCUAAAGAUGAGUUUUUGAACUCUUAAUAGUAAUUUGAUGAAAACAUGGAUGAAUAAAGGGUAUAAGGAGGCAUAAAAAUUCGAACUUUUAUAACUUAUUUAAGUUCUUUGAGUUUUUUAGGUAGUUUUAUUUACUUAGUGUUAAAUUUUGCAACACAAGCAUCUAUUUAAUUGAUUGAUUUCUGGUUAUCAGAUUGGGUGGAUCAAAGAAGUGAUUUUUAUGGUAAAAUAAAUGCCUAUUUUGCAAAUGAUUUUGUUUAAAUUUUUCUUUUUUGGUUGAUAUUGAAUAUCAGUAUAACAGCUUCUAGGGGUAUAAUAUAUAUAAUAUGUAACCUACUAUGUAGUUAUAGACUUUUUAAUAAAUUAAAUAAAUGUAUAAUGUAUUCUAAUAUAUAAUUUUUUGAUAAUAAUCCAUCUGGUAGAAUAAUUAACAGAAUUUCAGAUGAUAUUGUGAAUGUAGAUGAUUUAUUACCUACAUCAGUUAAUAUUUUCACAAAGCUAUUUGCUUUGUCUAUUGGAUAUCCAAUUGGUAUUUCUAUAAAAUUUCCAUGGGUUAUUUCUUUAAUUGUAGUUUCUAUUUUUGCUAUGUAUUAUUUAAGAUAAUAAUUCAAGGCAGCUAAUAGAGAAUUAAAAAGACUCAGUUAGGUAAAUGGAGGUAAAUUACUUACUUGUAUGCAUGAAAUGCAUAAAGGGGUACAUAUUAUUAGAAGUUUUGGGAAAUAAUUAUAUUCUGUAAAAAGUUAUUUGGAAGUAUUAGAUUUUAAUAUUAAUUCUUUUUUGAUUUCUUAGGCUGUUUAUACUUGGAUGUUGGCUAGACUGUAGAUAAUUGUCAAUUUUCUAUUUGCUUUUGUUUGUAUUUCAAGUAUUGUGGUGGUUUAUAUAGGCAAUAUUUAAAAAGAUAAUUAUACUACCAUUUCUUUGUGUAUUACAUAUACUAUUUUACUUGCAGGGAGAUUUUCUGAUCUUUUGUUUUAGUAUUGUAUGUUUGAAUAGUAAAUUAUUAGUGUAGAAAGGAUAUAAUAGUAUUUUAGUAAUGAAAUGGAAAAUCUAAACUAGAAAAAAACUAAUCUUUAUAAAUCACCAGCUUCGGUUUUAUUCGAAUAGUAAUAAUAAGUUAUUUUAAAAAAUAACUAGAUAUAAAAUGAUUCGGCAAUACUUUUUUCGAAUGUUUUUCUUAAUUAUGAGGAUUGUGGGGAAAAUUAUGCACUUAAAAAUUUCAAUUUAAAUAUCAAAAAAGGAGAAAAAAUAGCCAUAUGUGGAAGAACAGGGUCUGGAAAAACAUCAUUUUUAAAUGCUUUGUUUAAUAUGUAUCCAAUUUAAUAAGGAAAUAUAUUCGUUAACGGAGUUGAUAUUGAUGAGUUGACUUUAAAGUAGUUAAGAAAUUAAAUAUCAGUAAUACCUUAAUUUGGGUUCCUUUAUUAAGCUAAUCUUUUAUAGAAUUUAGAUCCAGAAGGGAAAUAUACUGACUAGUUUAUUUUAAAUAAAAUUAAAGAAAGUAAAUUAAGUUUAAAAAAUUAAGAUUAUUAAGAUUUUUAGAUUUUGUAAGGUGGAUAAAAUAUUUCUUGUGGUGAAAAAUAAAUAAUUAAUUUCUUAAGAAUUAUUCUAAAAAAUACUAAUAUUAUAUGCUUAGAUGAAGCUACUUCGAAUACGGAUCCUAUUACUGAUUCUCAAAUUAAUGAAUAAUUAUUUGCUUUUGCGGAAAACAAAACUCUUAUUGUAAUUACUCAUAGGUUGGAAAAUAUAGAAAAAUACGAUAGGGUAGUAGUUUUGAGUUAAGGUUAAAUUGUAGAAUGUGGAAAUGUUUAAGAAUUAAAGUAAAUAUAGAAUGGAUUCUCUAAUUAAUUAUUAAAUAAAGAAGGAGAUAAAUGA